CUACUAAAAGCUUCAGCAACCUCUAACUGCUCCCAUCUGAACCCUGAUUCCCCGACCUCUCCAGCCUCCUCGUCGCUGUCAAUCCGACAUUUCCUCCUGCAAGUCGCCGUGAAUGACCUAAGGCCUCCACAUCGCCUGCUCUUGGUUCUGUUUUGUCCUGGCUCAGCUUGAUGAUUACUGUUAGUUUCUGCAUUGAAGAUACGGUUGUGUAAGUGAAUCAAGACAAUCAGUCAAAUGGCCUUAACCAACUUCAUACUCACGGUGGCGGGUGUCAGUGCUGUGAUUCUGCUGCUUAGGAGUGAUGUCAAGCAAUCUGCCACCAUCUUCAGACGCAACGUCCGACAGAUACGCCAUUGGCUUGAGGAAGAGUCUGCUUCUGCUGCAAAGGAGAUGGAGAAGGCAAAGCCGAAGGAGAUACCUGGAAAGGAUACACCCAAGGAGGAAAAGGGUCCUUGAAGCCUGGUUUAUGUAGGAAACUGUACAUUUUAGCAACCUUUCUUUGGCAUCUGGUCCGUCUUGUAUAAAUCUGAGAGCGUGGAGAGAGAGUUUUUGGUCUUGAUUAGAUAUUGUUGUUUUUCUGAAGCACAUACUUAGGUACUUCGGAUUCAAUAAUGCUUGGCUUCUAUGCUUUUUGUGAAA